CUUCGUAUGUCUUUCUUAGAAAUCUUGCAUUUAGGACUUUUUUUCUGGCAUCUUCGGCUGCGAAUCACUAUUUGAAUUGGGAAGAAAGGAGAGAUUUCUCUUUGGGCUUUAAGGCGGGUCCGGUUCACAUAUUUCAAACUUUUGCAUAAGAUGCACUUCCUGGCAUCAUCUUACCCAAAAGCAGGUAUUAAGUUGGUUUUUAUCACCGAAUGGAUAGCAAGAAGUUCAUGCAGUUGGUCGAGGAGAAGAAGAAGAGAGCUCUUGAGAAGAAAGAGGCCCCCCUGAAAUGGGAACAGAAACUUGAAGCUGCUGCCAAGGCAAAAGCUGAUGCUGAAGCUAAAGAGAGAAGGCUUAGAGCUGCAAAGCAAAAGAAGAAGUCCACAUCAGAAUCUGAUAGUGAUAGUGACAGCAGUGAUGAGAGGAGAAAGGCGACAAAAAGGACCCACAAGAGACACAGGAAGCAUGCCCCCUCCGACAACUCUGAUGACAGUGAAAGGAGAAAAUCUAGGUGGAAAUCGAAGAAAUGGGGCUCCAGCUCAAGUGGUGAUAGCAGCGGUGAUGAAUAUGGAAGUGGGUCGGAGGAAGAUCACCGGAGGAAGAAGCGCAGCCACAGGCGGAGACAAAGACGCCGCCAUUCAUCGAGAACAGAUUCUAGCUCAUUGGAGUCCUCAAGCGAUGAAGAUGGUGAAAUCCCAAGGAAAAAUCACAUGAAGCACCACAAACAUCAUCACCACCACCACCACCACCAUCACCACCACAGAUCAAGCGCGGAAGACUUCACAUCAUCAGAUUCUGAGGAUCACAGGCAUAAGCAGAGGAGCAGGUCCCUAGGUAAGUCAUCAGACGACAACCAUGAGGACUCAAGCAAACCAAGAAAGCAUAAGAGGUGUCAUCAUCGGCAUGGACACCACCAUCGACACCAUCAGCACCAUGCAAAUGAUCGCCACCACAACCAGCACCCAGAGGAAUUAAAUGGGAACCCCUCAGAGCAGGACAGCAAGAAACGGAGUGCAGCAGAUAUUGAUGGUGGCUAUGACAGUUAAAUCAGUGGAGUGAUCCAUACAAUCAUAGAAGUUGUGUAUGUGGUUUCCUCUUCUUUUUCACUCUGUUUUUGGAAUCUUUUCUUGGUGGAAGAAAGUAUGGAAAACAUGACCACUUCAUGAACUGUGAUUUUGGAACUCUUCUUUAUGGGGGAGAGCUCAAAUGGAUGCCAUAUUUUCUUUUCGGGUUUGAAUGCUCAAAUCAUGCAAAUGCUGGGACCUUUGAAGACUUCA